AGAGAGGGAGAGAUGAGGAUGGAAGGAGGGGAGGAAACGCAGGCUCCAGAGAGGGUGUCUUUGACCUGGGAGAGCCACCCGCCGCAGCCCGCAAACAGCAGCCGGGCUAAGUGGGUCCGGCUGAACGUCGGGGGCACGGUUUUCCUCACCACCAGGCAGACCUUGUGCCGGGAGCAGAAAUCGUUCCUCUGCCGCUUGUGCCAGGGGGAGGAGCUACAGUCAGACCAGGAUGAGACUGGUGCAUACCUUAUAGACCGGGACCCCACAUAUUUUGGACCCAUCCUGAAUUUCCUCCGUCAUGGCAAGCUGGUACUGAAUAAAGACAUGGCUGAGGAGGGGGUUCUAGAAGAAGCUGAAUUCUAUAACAUCGGCCCUUUAAUCAGAAUAAUCAAGGACAGACUGGAGGAGAAGAACUACACCGUAACACAGGUGCCUCCGAAGCAUGUGUACCGGGUGCUGCAGUGCCAGGAAGAAGAGCUCACUCAGAUGGUUUCCACUAUGUCAGAUGGAUGGCGCUUUGAGCAGCUGGUGAAUAUCGGGUCAUCCUAUAACUAUGGGAAUGAGGACCAGACAGAGUUCCUGUGUGUAGUCUCCAAAGAGCUGUACAACUCACCCAAUGGCCUGAGCUCUGAGCCUAGCCGCAAAGCCAAGCAAAUUAAUCUACUUGGGAUUCUGCUAAUUCUGUCCAGAUUCUCUCUCCUGCUCCCUUCCCGCCCAUGGGGUUCUUGUCACCUCUCUCCUACUUCCUCCCUUCCACACAGUUCUUUCCCCAAGAAUCCCUCCCUCCACUCCCCUCUUCCCUCACUCUCUCUCCUCAUGCACCUAGGUUCCUGCCUCCCCUCCCACCUUCCACUCCUGGUGUCCUGUGUGCUCCCUGCUCAGGAUCCUGUCUCCUCCUGCUCCUCACUCUUCCUCCUCUGCAGUUGUUACAAGCCAGAGGCCUCAGGAUGUGAUACCGACGAUCAACUCCAGCCUUUUAAUUUCCAUUUAAAAAUCUUUAUUUUUGUACUGUAGUUUAUGGCAGCCCUCUGGGGGAAAGCGUCGCAGCGACUCCACUCCUCACCCUCAACUUGUUGCCUUUGUUUUUAAAGUUCUGUUUUGGAAUAUCGUUUCUGAAGCUCACGCCCGCCUCCCCCCUGAGAAAGGCAGAUACCCCCACCUGUGUGUCUGACUUGCUGCAGGGGAUGUAAUCCACACCCUGCGAUCUCCCCAGGCCCACAGGAUUCCCCUUCUUUAGGGACACAGUCAGUGCUUAAUUUGUGCCAGGGCUCAGCCUUGGCAUCUCUAGGCUUGGCAGUUCAUAGCCCCGGCAUCUCUGGACUUGCCGCAUCAGUUUUGAAAGUAAAUCAUUGCUUGAGCCCCAGCACCUCUUUCACUACAAAUUAAGCACUGGUCACAGUUACCCCUGCUGGAGAGUCCAGAACUCAGCAGCUACACGCUUCCUUCCUACCCCCACCUGCUGACUAGAUUCAGGCCUGUGUGUUUGAUUUACUGUCAGAGCCACUGUUGGGGAGGGCAGUUGAGCUUUGCUUGUCACCAGGGGGCAAAUGGGGAAUCCCUGCCUCUCUCCAGAUAGCCUGUGCUUAGCACAAGGAGUAAAGGGGCAGCAUUGACCCUUUGCUGGGUAAUAUACACGCAGAGGCCCUGCAGCGAGAGGUUUAAUUUCAAUGGGGGAGAAAGAGGCAGGAGUAUAGCAUGGCGUACCUGGCUUCUGAUGUAGCUUCUGACUGUUCUAGGAAGGAGAUGCCUGCCAGUGCUUCUGGGCAUGGGGUGUUUCCGCUGUGUUAUAACUCCUGAAUAAAUGUGACUGUCCAU